UUCAGACAAGACACAAAACCGAGGUCCCACAGCCUCUCGUGGUCGUAAAAGUAAAAUAACAAACCUAACGGGCAUCAUUUUGAAGAAGAGCAAAGGGGUUCCAUGUGCUGGGACUCAACGUUUAUCCCUCAGUCAACAUCGCUGAAACAGAUCAGCUGGCCGAUGUGUGGGAUCUUGCUGUGCACAAUUUGGCCAGUGUGGUUUCUACAUUACGACAGUAACAACACUUCCAAAAGUGGCUGUAAAGCGCUACGGGACAUCCCGAGAUUGUGAGAGGCGUUGGACGAGUGAAAAGUCUGGCUUCUCGCGGAAUGAUCCGGCACGGGAAAGGGCAGAUCGGCCCAUCUUUUCCAAAGAACUAUUCCACUAAGUGCCACUAACCCCUGCUCUUCAUCACCAAUCCCAGCUUCUCCAAUCUCUCCAUUUGUAAAGCCAGGGAUCCCUUGCUCCUCCCCCUCCCCCAUCAGAUCAGUGAACUUGAGCACUAGGCCGGGUUGGAGCCUGGGCCUUUCCUGCUGUGUGUGUGGGUGGAUAGGACUCGAUGUCCAUCGCAGCACGGUGCUUUAGCUCUGGAAAUGUUCGAGAGUCAGAGGUUGUCUUUUAACAGAUCUGCUUGCACCAGGGUCAGAACAUGUGAAAGCUGCGAUGGAGAGAUUACUCCUAAUCUCCCCCCGAGUCACAAACAAAACGUUUGCAAAUUGGACAGUUUUGGAUGAAGCCCCUUGAAACCAGGAUCCCAAUGGAAGCUCUCCUGUCAGUGUCUCUGAUGAACAAACUGAGGGGUUUGAGCCAGGAACAGCUCCAGGAUGUCCUGAACAGCCAAGAGAAGCUAGAGAGUUUGGUGUUGGACAGCGAGGAGGUGCAGAACCUCCAGUUGGAGCGGGAGAUGUCACUGGCCACCAACCGCAGCCUGGCAGAGAAGAACCUGGAGUUCCAGCCCCUGCUGGAGGGCGGGAAGGGGCGGCUGCAUGAGAAGUACACGGAGCUCCAGAGCCUGUACGACGCAGUCCUGGAGCGGAAGAAGCAGCUCGGGAGAUUUUCAAAUGCGGCGGACACAGACCACCUGCUGUCGGUGCUGCAAGCAGAGGGAGCCAAGAUAGAGGAGGAGUCAGAGGAGCUGGCGGAGAAGCUUCUGGAAGGCCGGCUUGCCCUGGAGGAGUUCCUCGAGCGGUACAGCCAGCAUCGCAAGCUGGCCCACCUCCGCCGCGUCCGGGUGGAGAAGCUGCAGGAGAUCCUGAGCCGGCCCCUCGCCGCGCCGGCGCCCCCCGAGGAGCCCAAGCCCAGCCCCAGCUUGCCCCUCCGGCCCCCGCCCCCUGUCCCGCGGUCCCCCGCCACCCGCCCCCAGCCCCUGCCCUACGACCCCAACCCGGGCAUGGCGGGCCUCCCCCAGCAGGUGAUGCCCCCUUACCCCGCCGCCGCCCCCCCGCGCUUCUACCCCCAGCCCGGCCAGCCCCAGUACCCCCUUUACCCCGUGCAGGGGCACUUCCCAGUUGCCCAGCCGGCUUACCCGGCUUACCCCAUGCCCGCCUACGGCUAUGGCCCCUCCGGCCCUCCCCCUCUCCCGCCCAGGCCUGGGUACAGACAGCCGCAGCCUGGUUACCAUAUGCCCCAGCCUUACUCGCAGUAG